AUGUCGUACCCUACUGAGAAACAUCUAUCUGAGAAAGAUGGUAUCACCACCUCUGUCUUACCUGAAGAGCAAAUAGCUCACUUCAAAGGCGAUAAUUCAGCUGUGGAAGAUGUCAUCCUGGCUGAACAAAACUAUACGGAAGAAGAGUACAAAAAGCUCAGAUGGAGAUUCGAUCUGAUUUUGAUGCCUAUCAUGAUGUUGACUUAUGGAUUACAAUUCGCCGAUAAAGUCUCGUUAUCUUCAGGAGUGGUAUUUGGUUUAAAGACUGAUACCAAAUUGAAGGGAGAUGAAUAUUCCUUACUUACUGUUUACUUCUACUGUGCGUAUCUCGCGGGUCAAAUUCCCAUGUCGUAUAUCUUCCAAAAACUUCCUAUCGGUCGAGCCUUGGGCGCCACUGUCAUUCUCUGGGGUAUCGUGGUCAUCGGCUUGGGAUUGUGUAACGACUACCUCCAAUUAUCGAUGUGUAGAGUAUUGUUAGGCUGGAUGGAAUGUGCAGUCACACCUGGUUUCUUGUUGAUCGUCGCAUCAUGGUAUAAACGAUCAGAAGCUACUUUACGAAGUUGUAUGUAUUUCGCUAUGAAUACUUUCCUGGGAGGUUGUUUCAACGUUAUCAUCUACGCGAUCGCCAAAAAGGCCGCAGCAGAUGGUGGAAUCGCAGGAUGGCGAGCAAUCAACUUCUUCCUGGGAAGUCUGACUGUCUUUGCCGGUAUACUCGUUUUCAUCUUCAUCGGUAUUCCAAGUGAUGUCUGGUGGUUGAACAAGGAACAAAAGAAGAUGGCUCAUUCCAGGAUUGUCUCAAAUGGAACUGGUGAUGCAGGUCGACACGCCUGGACAUGGUCCCAAGUCAAAGAAUGUUUCCGAGAUCCCCAAUACUACUUCAUCAUUCUCUUCAACCUUACUGCCACCAUCCCCAACGGUGUCCUCACCACGUUCACUGCAUUGGUCUACACCGGAUUUGGAUUCACAGCUCUACAAUCGAUCUUGUAUCAACUACCCAGUAGUGCAAUCGGAUUCUGCGUGAUCAUCGGUUCAGCAGUCACCGUCACGUUCUUCCCCAAGAUGAGAUUCCCCUUGGCUAUAACUUGGACAUUAUUGGAAAUGAUCGUCUUCCUAUAUGUCGGUUUGGCGAAGACCGCCAGUAAAUGGCAAUUGUGGGGAGCAUUCUCAUUUGCUUCUGUCAUUUCAUGUGCGACGUUCUUGGUUUGGGCAAUCUUACCUCUCAAUACGGCUGGAAGGACUAAGAAGAGUUUCACAGGUGCUUCGGCUCUGAUCGCAUACUGUACAGGUAAUAUGAUCGGAUCUCAAACGAUGCGAGCAAGUGAUGCCCCAAGAUACCUCAAAGGUCUUACCGGUAACGCGAUUGUCAUGGCUAUCAACGCCCUUAUCCUCCUCUCUUGGUGGAUCUACCUUCAGAGGGAGAACAAAAAGCGUGAUCAGGCUUACGAGGCUAGUGGAUUGUCCAUGGAGGAAAGGGAGUAUCAGAACAAAGUGGCUGGUGAGACGGAUGUCACGGAUCGACAGAACCCUCAUUUUAGGUACCUCUGUUAG